AUGGGGAAACCGCAGCGUUACGCGGCAUCGGUGGCAACUUGGCGGCCGCGAGCGAGAGCCACAGCCACUGACUCACUGACUGGUCCGGAGCCGACUUCCGCGAAUGGUAUCUUGCCGUUCCGCGGCAGUCGUCAUCGUCCAUCGCCGCGUACGUGCCGCACCCCUCCCUUAACCGUUGCCGCCACACCUAAAAGCGGCAAAACGCUGCACUUAACCUGCAGAGUACGGCCUUGCAAGCGGCAAAAGCCUUCUCGCCCUGUUGCCUCCCAAUGGAGCGCAACAAGGCAGUCACCGGCAAACUGUCUCAGACAUCGCAUCAGCUUUGCCUGUACCCAUCGCGUUGAAGGCAACAACGGGCGCGCCCUUUCUGGGCGCGCCUCGACCAAUCGGGCGCCUUCCAAACCCCCGCACAAUUGCACGACAGCUCGCGGGCUCUUGCCCGGACGCCUUCCCCAGCGUUUCGCGCGCGCCAGGCCAGCGCCGCCGCUCACUCUCCGAUUCUCCGAGGUCAAGUACUACAAGCGCCUGGGCAAGGAGCGCGUGGCGCAGCUCAUGCGCAUCAUCGAGGACGCCGACUGCGCCUACAAGUGGACCAGCGCGGCGUCCACGCGCAUCCACCGGUCACGCCUGCCGGGGCGCGCGCCGCGCGCGGACGCGACGGUGCCGAGCGUGUCGUGCCAGCGCGCCAACUUCCUCGACUUCCAGCCGGCCAGCAAGUCCACGCACGCGUCCACUUUGCUCAAGGCGAGCGUGCAAUUGUCCGACACCAAAGUGGACGAAAUCCUGCGCGCAGUCUCGAAGGUUAAGACCAAGGACUGCCGCAAGGCCAUGCGCUACAUGCACGGGGACGCGUUCGUGGACGGCCGCACGCUCUUCACGUUCCCGCAGCAGAGCUCGCGCUCGGGCAGCGACGCCACCGAGGGGCGCGCGCCCUCCAGGGGCUCCUACUCGUACCGCGCCAUCAAGUGGCACGCGUUCAAAACCCAGCGGCCGAGACACGGCGAGGACGACAAGAUUUUGGACUUCUGCUAUUUAGAGUACGCCGGCAAGAAGAAACCCCACCCCGGGUCCAACGUCGUGGGCUUUUGCGUGCAGGAGUCCAUCUCGAGGGACCGAGAAGUACCCACUUUGGAGAAUUUCGGCAUCGCCCGGGGCUAUUUGUCCCGAAUGGGCAUAAUUGUGUCCAAGACGCACCAGCCCAACACGUUCAAGGUGACGUCCAUUUGCCAGAUCGACGGGGACUUGAACCCCAUUCAACUUUCGGCGCUCAGUGCCACCGGAACAGGAGACGAACCGGCGUCGUCGACGUCCAACGACACCGAGUCGUACAUCCGCGGCCUGCGCAGUCCGCAGCAUAAUUCGUACGAAGACAUGAUUUUCCAGAUGCGCGAGUCGCGCGAUCGUGACCGUCGACAGAGCGACUUGGCCAUGGAAGUGCUGGAGGCCUCGUCCGAGACGGAGUUAAAGCCGGUGUACCCGCAGCGCAAGGUUAACGUCAGCCCGCAACUGCGCGCUCGGGACAAGAUGCAGGCGCUGACGGAUGUUGUGACUCAUAUUCGAGAGGUCCGUGACACGAUAAACCUCACGAUGUCCGAGGCGGCGUAUGGAGAACGUCAAGAUGCGGACAGCGACGAGAUCGAAGAGUUCAACGACAUGUACAGCGAGAUCACCAGUAUCCGCGACGCUCUGGAGAGUUCAGUCUCGAACUUUGAUGCUGCGCUGGCUAACGCUACGAAUGCAGCUCCUGCCAUGUAUUACUCGGGGCCCAGCGAUCGCAGUCAGGACUCUCAGAGAGACGGCGGGAGCGACCAUGGCACUGCGAUGUCUGCCGAGCAGUUCAACUCUGUGGCUCGUAUCACGUUCGCUGCAGCUCGUGCGACGCGACAGGCUGGCCAGGCCUUCCUAUCCACCUUCUCAGAUGCAGGAGACCGCCACGAGGCUACUAAUGGCCACAAUAACCAGGAGGAGCACGACCACGACGGCGUGUCAGCGAGCUCUGCAUCCGUGGCCAGCUACCCGACAGUGUAUGACAGCGACGACGACAGCUCGGCUCAGAGUCCAGACCCGUACUCCGCGUCGAACUACGAGAAGCUCAUGGCCACGUAUCAGCCAGAGCACGACGGCUCGGAGCAUGAAGACGAUGACGAUGACGACGCGCAAUCGCACAACUUUGCAGACUCGGUGCGCCGCGCCACGGAAAUCCACGAGCUGGAGAAGAAGAUUCGGGACUUGCAGCGCAGCCUGGAGGACGCGCAGCGGAAGCUUUCAGUAAUCGACAGCGACGAACCCGAGCCGGAAGCGCGAUCCCGCCAGCGACUCGAAGCAGCUCGAGACCGCUCGGCGCAGAUGGAAAUCGAGAGCGUGUUCGAGAUCUUUGGCGAGCGUGGCGACGAGAAGAGUUCGAUCCUCGGUGACGCGUCUUCAUCGGUCUCGUCUGGCCCGAGGGCGAUGUCGCUGCCUUCCGAUGCUAUUGGGUCGAGGGGUUUGACGACCCAGGAGCUCGUGUCGGAGCUUCGAGGCGUGAUGGCGUCGAGUGAGACUCCUGUGCGAGCAAGCGGGGGAUCCCGGAAGUCCGUGUCCAGACCUCCGACCCCACCGCUGCCUCCGACAGUGAUGAAGGCUCCAAUUAGCCCUCCUCCACCCCCGCCGCCCCCCAUGUCCCCGCCCAAGAAGCACGUGUCUCCGGAUUACAGAAUGCGGCACUCGUUUAACAAGUCGACUAAGCCGAAUGGCGACCUGAACAGCAGCAACGGCAGCACCAAGAAAGCACCAGGUCUUAACCGGCCUUCUGCUUCCCCCACCGAGGGGUCCUACUUGCAGGCGCUGGGCACGACUGGAGGCACCAGAUACGGCGGUGACGACGACUACGCUUCGUCUUCAUCCGACGAAGAGAGCUUCGAUGACUCGUCCGAUGACUUGUCGAUGCUUAGCAGCGAUGGUCUCCGCGAGCCUCAGUUCAAGAAGUACCAGGGCCCCGACGCGUUCUAUGUGGAGGAGGAUCUGAGUGCGUUGCUCAAAAAGAGGAAGACGGCCGAGGCUGGAGCGUCCCCACCGAUCAACCCAGCUGACUCGCCCAGUUCGCCACUGACCCCGGCUCCUGCCGUCAAUAGGGACGAGCGAGAUGAGCUCCGAGAGCUCAUGGCGGGACUCGUUCGUCCUCGAAGCUCGUCGCUCCCGUUCCAGUCAAGUCAAAUGGGUGGCGCGUCGUCCGGUGAACCGCAAGACUACGACAAGCCGUCAUGGAGCGACGAUGCUCCUGAUCGCAUCCCCACAGCACACCAAAUCGAGGAGGCGGUGCGCGAGAUCCGCGCGUGCCUCGCCAGCUGCCGCUGCGAGUGCCCGUCCGACACGGAGCGCGCGCGCAAGCUCACGUCCAUCUUCAAGGUCCUGCGCUCGCUUCACCGCGAGGGCGUGCGCUCCAAGUUCCGCACGCUGCAGCACGACGACAUCCGCUACUCCAAGAUGCUCAAGGCCACCCCCAGCAUUAUCAAGCUGCUCAAGCUCGCUGGCUACGUGUCCCUGCAGCAGAAGCUCACCAUGCGUCGCGUGGACCAGGACUACCUCGCUCUGUUCCUGCGGGAGCUCGAGCAGGAGCUGCACUCGUCCACCGUCGCCUGA